AUGUCUGACGCCGGCGAGAUCGAGGUCGAGAACACCGCCCUCUACGAGGUGCUCCCCAAGGACGUUGUCAAGGAGGUUGGCAACGUCAAGCUCUUCAACAAGUGGGACUACGAUGUCGAGGUCCGCGACAUCUCCCUGACUGACUACAUUUCCCUGCGAAACCCCGUCUACGUCACCCACACUGCUGGCCGAUAUGCCACCAAGCGAUUCCGAAAGGCCAACUGCCCCAUCAUUGAGCGAUUGACCAACUCGCUCAUGAUGCACGGCCGCAACAACGGAAAGAAGCUCAUGGCUGUCCGAAUUGUUGCCCACGCCUUCGAGAUCAUCCACCUGAUGACCGACCAGAACCCCAUCCAGGUCGCUGUUGACGCCAUUGUCAACUGCGGUCCCCGUGAAGACUCUACCCGAAUCGGUUCCGCCGGUACCGUCCGACGACAAGCCGUUGAUGUUUCUCCCCUCCGCCGAGUCAACCAGGCCAUCGCCCUCCUCACCACUGGUGCCCGCGAGGCCUCUUUCCGCAACGUCAAGUCUAUUGCUGAGUGCCUUGCUGAGGAGCUGAUCAACGCCGCCAAGGGUUCCAGCAACUCUUACGCUAUCAAGAAGAAGGACGAGCUGGAGCGUGUGGCCAAGAGCAACCGAUAA